CUGUGACAUCAUGAUGUCAAUAAAACAUUCUGCUCAGCUGAUGUGGUCUUUAGUUUCUACAGACAGAUCACUGAGAGAUUUGUUUCUGCACGACGGAACGAUUUUCAAAAAUGAGGAGGAAUCACAAAGAGACACUUCAGGCUGCAUAUGGGAAAAAUAGCAUGCAUGCUAUGGUAAAGCAGAAUAUCUGCUUACCUGUCAUUAACACAACCAGAAAUACAUUAGUCUACCCCGUAAAGAUCUUAGAAGGUGAACGAGCAGGUGCUGGGCCUCCAGCGAAGAGCUCUGGGAAACCAAAACUUCUUCCCAGAACGCCCAGAAUGGAUCCGAUUGGUCUUACCCCAUCCAGAACACUGAUGCGCAAGGAAAAAGUACGCGAAACAUCUGGCAACCCUCAGGCACAUGGGGAAAAUAGCAUGUGCACUAUGGCAAAGCAGAACAUCCGCUCACCUGUCAUUAACACAACCAGAAAGAAAUCAAUCGACCCCAUAAAGACCAUAGAAGUAUUUGGACCAGCAGGUGAUGGACCUCCAGCAAAGAGCCCUGGGAAACCAAAACUUCUUCCCAGAACACCAAGAAUGGAUCCGAUUGGUCUUACCCCAUCCAGAGCACUGAUGCGCAAGGAAAAGGCACAUGGGGAAAAUAGAAUGUGCACUGUGGCAAAGCAGAACAUCCGCUCACCUGUCAUUAACACAACCAGAAAGAAAUCAAUUGAGACCAUAGAAGUAUUUGGACAAGCAGGUGAUGGACCUGCAGCAAAGAGCCCUGGGAAACCACAACUUCUUCCCAGAACGCCCAGAAUGGAUCCGAUUGGUCUUCCCCCAUUCAGAGCACUGAUGCGCAGGGAUAAGUUAAGCAAAACAUCCGGCAAUCCUCAGGUACUUACAGGUACUACAGAAGUAAAGAGUAAGUCUCUUGAGGCUACAAUUGAGGUAGAACCUCAAUUAAGAACCACGAUUACUGAUGCUGUCCUGGAUUGCAUAACCUCUACAUCAUUCAAGAAUCAGCUCACUCAGCGCAUUGUGGGUGAGAUUGAUGAUAUACUAGCAAAAGCCGUGUCCCAAGUUCAUGAGCAACAGCAUGCCUUGAGAUUCAGUACAGCAGGAGGUAAGAUAAACAACAUCUCCCAGGAACAACAAUCAAGCAACAAUGUUUUCAUGCUUGGCUUCAGUGAUUCUGUGGCAUCUGUGAUUGGUUAUGCACUGAUAGAAGUUAGAGAAGACGUGAAAAAAACUUUUAGUAGCCAGUCACACAAAUUUCAGACAGCCUCACCAACGGCAUGUGAUUCUGUAACAGAAAUAGUGGACAGUGUCUUUGAAGGCAUGCUUGAUUCCUUGAUUCCUCAACUGAAACCAGAUGUUUGCACUGAAAGGGAUCCUAGCAUGAUUGCUUCUCUUCAUAGUCAUGAGUUUGAUACCGUGUCUGAUAGUAUCCUUCCCAGCACUGACUCAGAUUUCAACCAGAGUCCAGUCCAUGAGCCAAGAGGAAGUGCUGAUGAGUCUAGCGUCACAGCUCAGGACAUUGAGACAUUCGACAUUGUGAAAGAGAGAGUUGACUCCCCAAGAAGAUCUACCAAAGUCCCGUUCUCCACAGUGUUUGACCAGUCUUCUGGACCUGACGUUAAGGCCAAAGAUGAGGUUGAGGGCAUCUUGGCUGCUUCUGGAAGCAUGAGCCACCUUGAUGGCCCUCUGACUUCAAGAGUCAAAUCUGACUCCGAUUUGGAUACAAGCGUUCUUGAGCUCACUGCUACUUCUGCAACAGAAAAUGUUGACCACAUGUCAAGAUCUGAUGAAGUAGCAGAAGAAGGAUUUGUGGCUAAAUCAGAUGUUGAGCUUGAGCAAAUCAUGACUGCUCCAUCUGAGGAAAACACUCCUUCUGACAUUACUUCCCAAAGCCUUCAGCUGAUUGGACACCAGGAAUGUGCUAGCCCUAUCUCUUCACCACCUUCUGGUGAUAAGCCAGCCUCCCCAAGAGGAUCUGCCAGGAGAAGUGCACGUCCUAUAAAAGCCAGCUCUUUGCCAAACAUAUUCUCUGAUAAAGAAGAUGGCAUCUUUGAGCAGUCUCACCAAAAACUAGAGAGUGAUGGCAAGAGUAGACUUUCUCUGACUGGCAUGGAAAUGGGUUCUUCUGGAAGCAGAAGUGGCCUUGAUGAACCUCUGAUUUCAAGAGUCAAAUCUGACUCCGAUUUGGAUACAAGCAUUCUUGAGCUCACUGCUACUUCUGCAACAGAAAAUGUUGACCACAUGUCAAGAUUUGAUGAAGUAGCAGAAGAAGGACUUGUUGCUAAAUCAGAUGUUGAGCUUGAGCAAAUCAUGGCUGCUACUUCUGCAACAGAAAAUGUUGACCACAUGUCAAGAUCCGAUGAAGUAGCAGAAGAAGGACUUGUUGCUAAAUCAGAUGUUGAGCUUGAGCAAAUCAUGGCUGCUCCUUCUGAGGAAAACACUCCUUCUGACAUUACUUCCCAAAGCCUUCAGCUGAUUGGACAGCAGGAAUGUGCUAGCCCUGUCCCUUCACCACCUUCUGGUGAUAAGCUAGCCUCCCCAAGAGGAUCUGCCAGGAGAAGGGCAUGUCCUAUAAAACCCAGCUCUUUGGCAAACAUAUUCUCUGAUAAAGAAGAUGGCAUCUUUGACCAGUCUCACCAAAAGGUAGAGAGUGAUGGCAAGUGUAGACUUUCUCUGACUGGCAUGGAAAUGGGUUCUUCUGGAAGCAGAAGCGGCCUUGAUGAGCCUCUGACUUCAACAGUCAAAUCUGCCUUUGAUUUGGAUACAAGCGUUCUUGAGCUCACUGCUACUUCUGCAACAGAAAAUGUUGACCACAUGUCAAGAUCUGAUGAAGUAGCAGAAGAAGGACUUGUUGAUAAAUCAGAUGUUGAGCUUGAGAAAGUCAUGGCUGCUACUUCUGCAACAGAAAAUGUUGACCACAUGUCAAGAUCCGAUGAAGUAGCAGAAGGACUUGUUGCUAAAUCAGAUGUUGAGCUUGAGCAAAUCAUGGCUGCUCCUUCUGAGGAAAACACUCCUUCUGACAUUACUUCCCAAAGCCUUCAGCUGAUUGGACACCAGGAAUGUGCUAGCCCUGUCCCUUCACCACCUUCUGGUGAUAAGCCAGCCUCCCCAAGAGGAUCUGCCAGGAGAAGGGCACGUCCUUUUUGGCAAAAAUAUUCUCUGAUAAGGAAGAUGACAUCUUUGACCAAAAGGUAGAGAGUGAUGGCAAGCUUAGACUUUCUCUGACUGGCAAGGAAAUGGGUUCUGAGAAAGCAGAAGUGGCCUUAAUGUGCCUCAGUUCAUCUGAAACAACUGACGUUGAAGAAGCUGCUGCACAAUCAACUGGACACAAAGCAGUACUAUGUUGAAAUUAUUCUGACAUAUUAAAUCAUUGCAAAUAAAUGAACCAUCCAUUCA